AUAGUAGUAGGCUAGUAGAUAGUAUAGGAGUAAUCCUGAUCUGCGCCGCUCAAAUUCUUACAUUAUAUAUAUCCCCAAUUUUAACAAAUUAUUCAAUUUGUUAUUACAAACACAAAUAUAUUAAAGUAGUGUCCGUCUCGUCGUCGUCGCAGGCUGUCUUCUUCUCUUUGAGUAAUUUUUAACUAACUUUACCCCAAAUCUUCUCUUUUCAACUCUUCUCUUCAAACCCGUACUAGAUUACAUUACUAUACGUGUAGAAUUUUGUGUGUAUAUUAUAUAUAGUUCUGCUACUUAAUGUAGCAGAGAAUUGAGUGGCUACUGGUAUUAUAGCCUGUUAGGGUUUUGUAGAAAAUGCCGAUGAGUAGAUAUGAGAUAAGAAACGAGUACAGCCUGGCUGAUCCCGAGCUUUUCGGAGCUGCUGAUAAAGAUGACCCUGAAGCUUUACUUGAAGCUGUCUCUAUGGCUGGUCUCGUUGGUCUUCUCCGUCAAUUGGGCGACCUUGCUGAGUUCGCUGCUGAGAUAUUUCACGAUUUGCAUGAAGAAGUGAUGGCAACAGCUACAAGAGGCCAUGGUCUCAUAGUCCGUGUAGAACAGCUUGAGGCGGAGGUCCCUCUAAUUGAGAAGGCAUUUCUGUCACAGACAAGUCCAUCAGUUUUCUUCUCAAAUGCAGGUACUGAUUGGCAUCCUAGUUUGCACACAAACCAAAAUCUGAUUACCGGGGGAGACUUGCCAAGGUUUAUCAUGGAUUCUUGUGAAGAAUGCCGCGGUCCUCCUCGAUUGUUUCUUCUUGACAAAUUUGAUGUUGCUGGUGCUGGGGCAUGUUUAAAGAGGUACACAGACCCAUCAUUCUUUAAAUUGGAAGCAUCAUCCUAUGGACUGUCAGGUGCAGAAGUCCAGAAGGAAAAAAGAUCUCGUAAAUCCAAGAAGAAAUCUUCACGGUGGAGGAAUGCUGGAACCCCAGAGGUCUUACCAGCAUCUCAUUCCAAACUCCAGCAGUUGCUUUUGGAGGAUCGUGUUGAGAAUGGUAUCACUGACCCUGCACGUCUUGUGAAAUUGAAGCGGGGAUUGAACAGAUACCCGUUUGACUCAGAAACCGGGAGAAGCUUUAUGGAAAAGUUUAUAAACACCUCUUCACCUGAGGACAAAGUUGUUCAUGAAAUUGCCUAUGGUUCGUCACCCCUGGAUCUGCCAUCGAAAAGUACUAGUGAAGUGACUUCUCUUAAAGAAUCAAUGAGUGAAGGAAAGACUCUAGUAAAACCAUUUGUGGAUGAGGUAGGCGAGGGUCUCAGUGGCAGGGAAUUUUCCUUGGGUACCAGACAAUAUCCUCUUCAGUUGGCUGAUGAAAAAGAGAUAGCAAUUGAUGCCAAAAGCAGAGAUGGCAAUGAAGAUGGUUACCAGUCGGACAGUGUUGUAAGUGAGGUCGACAAAUACAUGGAUGCCGUUGCUACUAUGGAGACAGAAAUAGAAACAGACACUGAAUACAGAAGCAAAUAUGAUAGUUUUGUGGAUAUGGAAAAACACGGGACAGAUUAUGAUGCAAAUGAUGAACUGCUUCAAGGUCAAUUUUCAGAUUCUCAGUCAGCAAGGAACUCAAACGCGUCAGAUGAUAGGAACAAUUCAAUCAAAAAGGGAUCAUCUAGUUUUUCGUAUUCUGAUACUGGAAGCAUGGGAUCUAAGAAUACGCCAGUAGAUGAUGUUGCAACUGAAAAGCCAACACCUACUGAAGUUUGUGAAGCUGAUGCGGUUGUUAUGGCAAUGGAAAAGGUUUCCCCGAGUGAGGAUCUUUCAAUGUCUGAGGCUUAUCAACCUCCAAAGAUUGGUGUUCCCGGUUAUACCUCUAAUGAGGUAAUCGACACACCAAGUUCUGAGUCUGAAUCUGGAGAAAUGUGUUCAGGUUUGCAUCAUUCAGAUUCAUCCUCCACACAUAAACCUCUAGAUGAAGGAGAAAUCUUGGCUAGAGGCAUAUCAAGGGGACCGCUGAUGCUUGAGAUAUGGUCUAACCAUGAUGAACCCGAUACAAGAUUCAUCAAGACUGAAGAAAAUAGCAGAACACGGGGCAAUAAUAUACCCUGGAUCUCUAGACACUCUAGUAUUACUUCACAGACAAUAGUUGAUGAACAACCUGCAGAGACAGCACCUGCUGAAAACUAUAUACUGAAUAACUUAAAUGAUAAUUCAAGUGACCUUUCUACUGCUUCGAUCCAUAUUUCUGAAAACAAUUGUGAAGUAAUUUCCAAGGAGUAUGAUGAUGAAAGUUCAUUGGAUAAUUUGCUCGCAGCAAAACAGGAAAAAGAUGAUUGUACUGAGAAUUUAGUAGAUGCUCAAGUUAUGUUGCAUCAGACAGUUGAUUCACAUGCAGAAGUUGAAACUUCUGUGCCAUCCUCUUGGGACUCUGAAACAAGUAAAACAGUUCUGCAGCCUGUUGUCAAUUCUGUAGAUAAUAUAUAUUCUUCAGCUAAAGAGACAACUCUGGACUCUGAACUUGUAUCAGAUAGUUCUAAUAAUUCCUCAACUGUGGAGCAACAGGAAGCUGUUCCUCCAAUUACUAUUGGUUCAGAUAUUGAUACUUGUCAUGAAGAGGAAAUCUGUAAUAGGCUUCUCCCUGAAGCAGACAGCGGUGGGAUGGAUAUAAGUACCUGCAGCACUGGUUUGACAGGAAUUGAAGCAACUGUAGUUGAUCAAAACUCUAGUUACAUGGACUCUGGAAGUCCUAGAUCUUUCACUGGUUUUUCUGUACCCAGCAAAGAGCAUGAUGUUGAAGUAGGUGAAAUUUCCUCCAAUAAGAAUUUGAUUGGAAGCGAAGAUAUUGGAGUGGCAAUUUCUUUGGGUUCCCUGAAUUUCACAGCUCCUGGAUCACUCAUUGAUGACAAACAAAGUAAAGAAGUUCAAUCUGAAAACAUUAUUGGGGAAUCCAUUGUUGAAAUUCAUGAUAGUGAUGCUGACAAAGUUAAUUCAACACAUGAAAAAAAUCUGUCACAAGAGGAAUUCAACUGCGUACAGAAGCCAGAUCAAUAUGGAUUUGAAGUCAGUGACAAAUUUCAUCCACAGAGUAUUGAUGAAUCAGUUGAGCAGACAACGAUGGUUAAUCAGGAGAUUGCAUUAGACUUUGCCCAAUGUGAGACAGCCUCUGGUCAUCAUUCAGACUCCGAAAUGUUAAAUUAUGUUCCUGACUCGAGUUUGCAGCCUGUUAGAGCUAAUGAGCUCUCAUCUUCAGAAACCAGUUCCCAACAUGAAGAAUCAGUACCUUCUGUGCAGAGUAAACUUCAUGAGCAUUCUGGUGAUAGUUUGCUUUCAACCCAUCACUAUCCUGAGGAAAUUCCAGAACCAAAGCUCACCCUACAGAGUGAUCAAAAUGAUCUCGAACACCUGCAUUUGGAUAAUUCAAAUCCCAAGGAAGUAUCUCAGUCAGAACAGUCAUGCUGUUUGGAUCAUCCAGAUGAAGGAAGCACUGAAUCUCAAUCUGAACCUUGUCUUGCAGCAAGCAUGCCUGUAGUUCAGGCGAACAUACAGGCCGAUAGCUUUGGCAUAGAGUCUCUGUCCGGUGAUAAAGAAAUCUAUAGUCCAUCAUCUAAGUUGCACUUAAAUGACGCGGACCGUGGAGGAAGCUUUAUUACUUCUCCCAAGUCAUCGUUGAUUUUCUCCCCAACUGAAGCUAUGAAUUCAGAUAUCUCACAACCAGAAAACAAUGAAGUUGACAUCCCUGCACAUGCCAGUGAUGAAGCAAGUGAAGUCUCUUCAAGCUAUCCCCUGCUUCCUGCAGUACCUCAAAUUGACUUGGCUGAAAUGCCUCCUCUACCACCUUUACCUCCAGCCCAGUGGAGGAUUGGGAGAACUCAGCAACAUGCUUUCCUGCCUUCAGAUAGAGACACAGUGCAAAAUACUUUUGGCCUUUUUCCACCAAGUUUUCCAUUGACGACCAGCAAUGAUACUCGAACAGGCAAUCAAACAAGUACAGUUGAUUUGCUACCUCCAGUGCCAAUUUUGCAACUUCCUACCGUCAAAGAUGAGGAUCAAACAAGUACGGAAGAUUUGCUACCUCCAGUGCCAAUUUUGCAACCUCCUACUGUCAUAGAGGAGCCUCAACAUAUUUAUCAGAACUUGCUGCAGGAUACGGCACAUUCUAAUCAACUGUCAGUGCAAAUGCAACUCACCUCUAAUGAUGGGAGCAGCAAUGUUCCAACUUCUGAUAGCACAUCCUACAUGGACCCAUGCCUAACAUUGCCCUCUACAAUUAAUGAGGACCCUGGUCAUGCCAUGCAUGCUGGAGAAGCAGGAAGUACGCAAUCGAGUUAUACUCCGUCCUUGACCACAGCAACUAUUGUCAAUUCAUCAUCUGGAUCUGUACCUAAUCAUCCAUCAAGUCAAAUGCAACCGGAAGUAUGUCUAGAACCUGAGGACACUUCCUCAAGGUCAGAAGUAAGGCUGAUAAAGUUUGCUGACACACGUGUACCUCAACCAACAUUAGCAGAUGAACAUCUUAAGGAUGUUUCUACAAUUUCAGAAGGUGAACCUGCAUCGUCAACAAGUAACUCCCUGUAUCCAGCUCUUGAAGAUAGUACAAUGAAUGGGAAUCGUCCAAUGAAACUUCACCGACCUCGUACGCCUCUCAUUGAUGCUGUUGCUGCUCAUGACAGAAGCAUGUUGAAGAAGGUGAAGGAACGACCUCGGCCUGAGAUACAGAAGGUAGAUGAUAGAGAUAGUCUUUUACAGCAAAUACGCACCAAGUCCUUCAACUUGAAACCUGCAGUAGCGACUAGGCCUAGCAUUCAAGGUCCUAAAACAAAUUUGAGAUUCGCAGCCAUUUUAGAGAAAGCAAACGCCAUUCGCCAGGCAUUAGCUGAUAGCGACGAGGAGGAUGAUGAUACUUGGAGCGAUUCAUGAAUUUUGUGCUCCGAAGCAGUUGUCUUGCACACUGUAUUAUGCAAAUGUUCGCCCCAGAAAUUUGUGCUUGGUUUCCAAAUUCUUACACGACAGAAUCAUAGCCAUAAAUCGGUUGAGGAUAUUAUUCUUUUCUAUCGAAUAGUUGAUAUUUGUAUUUGGCAAUAUCCGUUUUGUCUACCUUAUACUUGUAUAUAUAUACACUCUAGACUCUACAGUACAGAAUCUAGUUUAUAGUUAGUGCUGCGUAAUCCACAUCUUUCAAGUGGGUUGGAUAUGUAAUACUAGUAUGCAAACAAGAAACAACCAUCUCCAGCGUGUAAGCGCUUAGCAUAAUUAGUCCUUGUGUAUAAUUUUGCAGAAAUAUUACAAUUACUUGUGUCUAUAUUUGAUUAUUGAAGGUGGUUUAUGAA